CCUUACGUUUCUCUCUUUCUCUCUCUCACCCACAAUCAAACAAACAAACGCUCCUUUAAAUCCUCCCACUCAGAUAUUUUCUCUUUCUCUCUCUCGCUCUCGCUCUCGCUCUCGCACCUACUCGAUAACACUACGAAAUGGACUCGGAGAGCUACUUAACCACCACCGGCACGAGUCCCGACAAGGAUAUUCCUCGGACUUCGUCCGCCGUCCAGCAAACGCUCCACCUCAUCCAAUCCGAUGACCCAAACUUGAAAAUUAAGGCCGCGGGAGAGAUCCGGCGGCUCACCAAGACCUCCCAACGGUAUCGCCGUCAAUUCUCAGCUGCCGUAAAACCGCUUGUCGACAUGCUCAGUUACGACUCCUUUGAGUCCAACGAGGCAGCUCUCCUCGCCCUCCUCAACCUCGCAGUCAAGGACGAAACAAAUAAAACUAGUAUUGUAGAGGCUGGUGCACUAGAACCAAUCAUCAGUUUUCUUCAGUCAGAGAACUCGAAUCUGCAGGAGCAUGCAACUGUAUCUUUGCUAACGCUAUCUGCUUCCUCUGUCAACAAACCAAUCAUAAGUGCUUCUGGUGCAAUCCCUCUCCUUGUGAAAGUCCUUGGACAUGGGAGCCCACAAGCCAAGGUUGAUGCUGUAAUGGCUCUAUACAAUCUCUCAACUCACCCAGGCAAUCUUAGCUUGAUUCUUCAAGCAGAACCUAUUCCUUCCAUUGUUAACUUGCUUAAAACCUGUAAAAAGUCUUCAAAAACAGCUGAAAAAUGUAGUGCCCUUAUUGAGUCUUUCAUUAAUUAUGACGAGGGCAGAACUGCAUUGACAUCUGAAGAAGGUGGAGUGCUUGCAGUAGUAGAGGUUCUCGAGAGUGGGUCUCUUCAGAGCCGGGAAAAUGCAGUUGGUGCACUUCUGACUAUGUGUCAGAGUGACCGAUGUAAAUAUAGGGAACCAAUUCUUAGAGAAGGUGUAAUCCCUGGUCUUCUUGAGCUCACGGUUCAAGGAACACCUAAGUCUCAGUCAAAAGCACAAACUCUCCUACGGUUACUCAGAGACUCUCCUUACCCAAGAUCUGACCUUCAACCUGACACGAUAGAGAAUAUUGUGUGCAAUAUUAUGUCGCAGAUUGAAGGCGAGGAUCAAUCAGGGAAAGCAAAGAAGAUGCUAUCCGAGAUGGUUCAAGUUAGCAUGGAACAGAGUUUGAGACAUUUACAGCAAAGGGCUCUGGUAUGCACUCCAGCAGAUCUGCCUAUCACUAGUUGCACUUCUGAAGUUCCUUCAAAAUGAUCGUCAGGGUUCAUCUAUUGAUUUCCCUGUUGUUAUCUCUGUUUGUUCCUUAUAAUUAUAGGCUUUGUGAGAUAAGAUUUUCUUUAUCAGGGAAAAAAAAAGAGAAAGAUAAAUAGUAAGGAAUGCCAGUCCAGGCCUUUUUGAUGGUACCGGGUGACUGGUAAGUGUCAAUAAACUCGAAUUUUUUUAGGCUGAUAGAAUAGUUUUUGCAGCUGGUUUUUGUUAUAACUUGUGUGUUGAAUGCGAUACAAUCUGUAAACUUUUUUCUUUUCUUUGUUUGAAAUAAAGAAAUUAUAUUAUCGGAGGUGAACUUCCAGUAGUUUAUGGCUCAUUUUCUGGAACAGAUUUUUCAGUUCCUGUAUUUGCUCAAUUUGUCAAUAAGAUAUC